AGUUGUACCGCAACGGAGGAUCUAUGAUAUGAGACACAUUGUCUUAAUUAUUUUAAAAGUUUAAAUAUUAUUUGUAACGUUAUAACACAAAACAAUAAUAUUUCCUUAUUAAUUUAUCAUAUUCCGCGAAGCUGUUGCUUUUUUAACACUCCAAAAAUAUUUAAACGGAUAUAUGAAUCGUGAACUUGAAAAUAAUCCUGUUCUGACGAGAGCAAAAGUUACUAAUACAUCUCCGACCAAUAAAACGCGUUUAGUAGGCUAUCGUGUUCUCUAGACUUGUUUUGUACCUAUGCUAUUUCCGUUUGUCGGUACGUCGUAUUUGCACGACACAAACCAGUCGCAGUGAAUAACGCGAACCAGUCGUAACAGCAUCGCAAACCUGUCCUGCGGUCCGAACAAACCUCAACAUAAUAUAUCACGUAUAUCAAUAAGGUUAAACAUCGAACCAAAACCCAGCGUUAUAUGAUCGUUUCAUGAAUUCAAUGUAGUAUAAUAGAGACGCUCGAGAUCAAUCAAAUAUGUAUUUCUGCGUCUCAUCAUUUCGGUCCGCGGCUUGUUUAAUAGUUUUGGUUCUACAUCUGUCGUGUUUUACGGAAAAUACUUCGGCAGCGGAGUUGGCAUUUUCGUUUAAGCCAAUUAAAAAUGUCGGAUUAUCUGCAACAGUUUCACCGGAUCAGACGAUAUUAUCCAAGUUGCCGUUGGUGAAUGACCAAGUCGAAACGAAAGAAACUGUUUCACAACCAGGGAUUUCAUUCAAUCUGGGAGGACAACCAAUAAUUGAAAAACUUCCUACAGCAGAAGUUUCGGUAAAUUUGGGUAAUGAACAGGCUAAUGUAAAAUUACCCUCUUUGUUUGACAACCCGUUGAAACUAGACAAAAAUGUCGAAUUAUCUGCAAAAGUUUCACCAGAUCAGACGAUACUUACCAAGUUGCCGUUGGUGCUUGACCAAAUCGAAACGAAAGAAACCGUUUCACAACCAAAGAUUUCAUUGAAUCUAGGAGCACAGCCGAUCAUUGAAAAACUUCCUACGGCAGAAGUUUCGGUAAAUUUGGGUGGUGAACAGGCUAAUGUAAAAUUACCCUCUUUGUUUGACAACCCGUUGAAACUAGACAAAAAUGUCGAAUUAUCUGCAAAAGUUUCACCAGAUCAGACGAUACUUACCAAGUUGCCGUUGGUGCUUGACCAAAUCGAAACGAAAGAAACCGUUUCACAACCAAAGAUUUCAUUGAAUCUAGGAGCACAGCCGAUCAUUGAAAAACUUCCUACGGCAGAAGUUUCGGUAAAUUUGGGUGGUGAACAGGCUAAUGUAAAAUUACCCUCUUUAUUAGAUAACCCGUUAAAACUAGACAAAAAUGUCGAAUUAUCUGCAAAAGUUCCAUCGGAUCAAACGAUAUUCUUCACCAAAAUGCCAUUGGAGCUUGACCAAAUCGAAGCGAAAAAAAAUGUUUCACAACCAGAGAUUUCAUUGAAUCUAGGAGCACAGCCGAUAAUUGAAAAACUUCCUACAGCAGAAGUUUCAGUGAAGUUGGGUGGUGAACUAGCAAUUGAAAAAUUACCCUCUUUGUUUGAUAACCCGUUAAACCUAACUAAAUCCGAUGAACAACCUCAAACAGAAGUUUCGUAUGAUGUAAACGAUCAGUCGAACACUGAAAGACCAGAUUUGAAUGUUUCAAACAACGUGAAAAGUGAGCCAAUCACAACAACUACAGCAGAAGUUUCGGUGAAGUUGGAUGGUGAACUGGCUAUUGAAAAAUUACCCUCUUUGUUUGACAACCCGUUAAACCUAACUAAAUCCAAUGAAGAUGAACAAUCUCAAACAGAAGUUUCAUAUGAUGUAAAUGAUCAGUCGAACACUGAAAAACCAGAUUUGAAUGUUUCAUACAACGUGAAAAGUGAACCAACCACAACAACUACGGAGCCAACCGAGUCUACAUCCAACGCUAACAAAGUUACUGAAAAACAGUGGAUACAGAGGAUACAAAAUGCGAAAUCCAGGAGCUUAGCACUUCCCCUACAAAAUACAACUAACAAAAUAUCUACUGGUAAACCAAUUUUGUUGGGUCAGAUUAUCUCAAACGUCCUAUAUGGAGCCCCCUGGUUAGCUCCCCAAACAAACUCAAAAUGUGCAAAAGACAUGAUGCUAUACAACAUGCACUUACAAAACUUGACGUUGUGGGCAUUUAAAAUGUUAGAUGCCACAUCAAAAGGUCCAGAAGGACUUGUAGAUGCAAACACAUUCAGUUUCGGUAAUUUCGACCAAUGCAUUGAAUCAAAAUCUAAAAUUCUCGGAAUAUCUGGAGGAUACACAUUGGUAGACAUUGAUUUUCGACCAAGUUAUCAAUUAUAUCCAGGAUUUUAUGACAAUGACCACUCGAAAGAUUAUGAACCAUUUGAUCAAGAUAAAACGACAUUUGAAAUACUGAAGCACAACGUACAAGAAGCUUAUGUACAAAGGCAUAAAUUUCAAUGGGGCGUGUGUUUACCAGAUACUUGUCAAUCGGAAGACGUUCAAAAGAUCGUGAGCAACGUAUUAAUACCAGAGUUGAACCGUCAUGGAUUGGAAGGUAAUGUAACCAUCGACCCAUUGUUGCACACUUCCAAAGAAAAUGUAUAUAAAUUCACUGCGGGUUUCUUCUUUGUCUGUGCAAUGUACGUGUUGAUCGGACUACUUGUCAUCGUAGGCACUUUAUACGAUUUCAUUUAUUUGCAAUACCGACCUAAAUCUGAACACGGACCAAUGAAAAAAUUCAUGAAACCGUUUUCACUUAUCUCUAACUUUGAAAGACUUAUGAAACCGUCGGAGACCGAAGAGUUUUCAAUUAUAAAUGGAUUUAAAGUAUGCGCGAUUCUACAGGUCAUUAUCGGUCACAGAUGGUUUAUUGAGCUCGGAAACCCACAGUCGAAUCCCAAUUUCACUCAUUGGAUGAUUCAUAAUUUCUGGUUGGGUUACUUUAAAUGCACAAUAUUUUUGGAAACAUUCUUUGUAAUUAGUGGAUUCCUCACUUUCUAUCUAAUUACAAAACAACUAACAGAAAAAAAACACUUGAACUUCAUACCCAUUAUGAUUUACAGAUGGUUGAGAAUAUUCCCAGUUUACGGCACACUUAUUGUCACAUAUAUUUUUGUGCUUCCGUAUCUGAACAGUGGUCCAUUAUGGAGGAUGAUCGUAUACAGGGAAUCGGAGAGAUGUAAAGUCAAUUGGUGGACAAACGUACUUUUUAUAAACAAUUACGUACACACAGACGAAUUGUGUAUUAUUCCCUCGUGGUAUUUGGCUUGUGAUAUGCACUUCUUCAUAGUUGGUACACUACUGACCUAUGCUAUUUGGAAGUGGAGAAAACAAGGGCUUGUGAUACUUGGAGCGUGUUUGACUUUAUCAACAGUAAUUCCUGCUUAUAUAAUAAUAAACGAGAAUCAACGAGGAACGGCUGAUAUUACUCCGCAAAAUCUUAAAGAUCUCAGCAAAGAAAGAUUUUACACUGAAGUCUAUAUAAAAAGCCAUAUGAGGUCGAUGACUUACUUUGUUGGAAUCUUGGCCGGAUACGUGUAUAUGAGGUUAAAGGAAGCUGAUUACAAAUUGUCAUUGAAAAGUCGUAUUUUCUGGGCUCCAGUUGUUCUUAUGAUUGGAAAUGUUAUUUAUUUGAGUUCUGGAACUUUUUUUACAUUAAAACACCAAUAUGUAAAUUACGAACACGCAAUAUAUUUUACGAUCGGCCGACUCGUAUGGUCUAUUCUUAUAUCUUACGGAAUAAUAGGUCACGGACUAUCCGGAUUUGGAGUGUGUAUAAGCGGCUUUUUAGGCCACAGAGUUUUCCAUGUUCUUGGAAAAUUAGUUUUUUGCGUUUACAUGUACCAAGAAAUCAUUCAACUUCAAACUAUUGGAGCAAUCGAAACACCAACAUACCAAAGCUUAACAUUAAUCUUUUGGAGAUUUUGUGGUGACGCCACAGUGGCCUUCAUGUAUGCAUUUGCUAUUAAUGUUAUGAUUGAAUCACCAUUUGAUAGAUUCCAAAAGAACGUAAUGAAAUUAUUUGUUGGAGAUGCGUUUUCAAAGCCAAAACCACAACAAUCAAUUAAUAAAAAUAGUUCUGAAAUCUACGAGGUAUACGAGGUUGAGGUACAAGUGAUAGAACAGGCAUAAAUUUAAUUAAUUUAUUAUCUUAUAAUGGUAAAUUAUUCCUUAGAUAUAAAUAUCAUGUAUUUUGUAUAUUUUGUUGUAUAACAUAUUUUGUUAAUAAGAUAACCUAUUAUAUAUUUAUUAGAAUUGUUACCAUUCAAUAUAAUUUAUAAAUAUUUAUUUAAGAGGAGUAUCAAUUAUUAUAAUUAUGUGUAAUGUUUAUGUAUAGUCAAAAUUUGGAUGGUAUUGUACAAUGUUCAACUUCCAAAAAUAUUUAUAAUAUUUGACUUUGAACAGAGAUAUUAUUAAGUUGUAUUUUGGUAAAAUAAAUCAAUUUCUGUUAAAUAUACAAAUUGAUCUACCAAGCAUGCUCAUCUCUCUUUUUUAUAUAAUAAUAUGUAUGGAAUCGUGUAUGAUGACUAAUUGUUAAUUAAAUAUUUUAGUAAUUAAUAUUAAUUAUUUAUAAUUUAUAAAAAUAGUUCAAGUAUAAUAAACACUAGAUCCAAUAUUAAA